UGUCUUCAUGUGCCGACAUAUUUAAAUUAUCUUUUAUAAUUAUAAAUAAUUACCAAUGUGAUAAAUUGGUAAUAUUCUAAUAAAUAAAAAUAUUUUCAAGAAUUAAAUAAUUAUAUAUUAUUUAGUUUCAUUCCACGUAGAAAUACAACAAUCAUGGGUCGCCUGUACGUCCUGUACGAGCACGCAGCGGGUUAUGCGUUGUUCUCAGUCUCCGAGUUCGAAGAAGUAGGAAUGCUACUCCCGCAAGUAGAAGCCUCCGUAACCGACCUGUCCCGUUUCAACGCGAUCGUCAAGUUGGUAAGUUUCACGCCUUUCAAAUCCGCCAUCACCGCGUUGGAGUCAAUCAACGCCAUCUCUGAAGGACUGCUCCCAGAGGACCUAAAGUUAUUCCUCGACAUUGCAUUGCCCCCUAAAGUAGCUUCAAACAUAACCUUAGGAACCGCGGACCCAAAACUAAGCGCUUCCAUCUCGGAAGCUCUAUCCCUAAAAUGCGACCACACUGGCGCCAUCCCGGAGAUUCUCCGUGGAAUCCGUUUCCAUUUCGCGCGUAUGGUCAAAGGAUUAACUCCCCAAAGCACCGCAGUGGCGCAAUUAGGUCUAGGUCACUCUUACUCCCGAGCCAAGGUUAAGUUCAAUGUCAACCGUGUGGACAACAUGAUAAUCCAGAGUAUCGCUCUUUUGGACCAAUUGGACAAGGACGUUAAUACUUUUAGCAUGCGUAUCCGCGAGUGGUACUCUUACCACUUCCCCGAAUUGGUUAAAAUCGUCCCCGAACAUUACACUUACGCGCGAGUAGCGCAAUUUAUUAAAAACCGCAAAGAUCUAAAUGCCGACAAAAUGGCGGAUCUUGAAGAAAUUGUAAUGGACAGUGCUAAGGCUCAAGCGAUUCUUGACGCUUCCAAAUCUUCCAUGGGUAUGGACAUCUCUCCAGUAGACUUGAUAAACAUUGAAAUGUUUGCUGGUCGUGUAAUUGCCCUUGCUAAUUACCGAAAACAGCUUGCGGAGUACUUGCGCAGCAAAAUGGCCGGUGUGGCGCCAAAUCUUGCGACGCUUAUUGGCGACCAAGUAGGCGCUAGGCUUAUUGCGCAUGCCGGAUCGCUGACUAAUCUUGCCAAGUACCCAGCUUCUACUGUUCAGAUCUUAGGUGCGGAAAAAGCGCUGUUCAGAGCACUUAAAACUAAAGGCAAUACUCCUAAAUACGGAUUACUCUUCCACUCGACCUUUAUUGGACGAGCUGGCGCUAAAAAUAAAGGGAGAAUCUCUAGAUACCUUGCGAACAAAUGUAGUAUCGCUUCUAGAAUUGAUUGCUUUACUGACGUGCCAUCUUGCAUUUUUGGCGAGAAACUUAGACAGCAAGUUGAGGAUAGGCUUAAGUUCUAUGAAACCGGUGAUGUUCCUAAGAAGAACAUUGAGGUUAUGAAGGAAGCUUUGGCUGAAGCGGCCCUUGCUAUUGAAGCGGAGGUUAAUGGAAAUGGAGAAGUGGAAGGAGAGAAGAAGAAGAAAAAGAAGAAUAAGAAGAGGAAAACUGAAGAGGCGGGAAUUGUGGAAGAGGAGGUCAAUGGAGAGGAAAAUGGCGUUGGGAAAGAAAAUGGCGAGAAGAAGAAAAAAAAGAAGAAGAAGAGUGAGGCGGAGUAAAUAAUAAAUCUUUUACCAGCACCAAAUGAGUGUUUAAUUAAAAUAUAUAAAGUUAACAUUUGUAACCAUUAACUAUAAACAAAAGUAAUUGUUUUUUUUUUUUUUUUAGUCGUAAGGACUUAUAAUUGCUUAAUAUUUUUAAUAUCAAUGUACAACUAUAAUUAUCCAUUAUUAAAUGCAUUAAUUAUUAUGUAUGUACAUUUUAAGGUGGUACAAUAAAGAAUUUAAUAACAUAA